AUGGAAAAAAAACGUCAGGUAAUCACCGUGCACGUGGGACAAGCGGGCGUGCAGAUGGGCAACGCGGUGUGGGAACUAUACGGGCUGGAACACGGGAUCGACCGAGACGGGAAGUUAUUAACGCCGGAGGCUGCGGGACGGCCGGCACAAGACCCGAGUCCGUCAGAUAAUUCUACGUUCUACAAGGAGACGCUGGCGGGUCAAUACAUACCACGGACCGUGAUGGUGGACCUGGAACCCACGGUGAUCGACCAGAUCCGGACGGGACCCGGCAAGAACCUCUAUCACCCGGACCAGCUGAUAUCGGGCAAAGAAGACGCGGCCAAUAAUUACGCGCGGGGCUACUAUACGGAGGGACGGCCGUAUGUGGACAAGGUGAUGGAAGGCGUCCGGAUAUUCGCCGAGUCGUGCAACGGCAUCCAGGGUUUUAUAGUGUUUCACUCGAUGGGCGGUGGCACAGGUUCCGGGCUAACCAGCCUCGUUACCGAGUGCCUUAGGCAGGAGUACGCCAAAAAGAGCAACCUGGAGGUCUUGGUGUAUCCGGCACCGCGGGUGUCCACGGCCGUCGUAGAGCCGUACAACGCAAUGAUGGUGUCACACAAGACGCUGGACACGGUCGACUGCGCAUUUAUGAUGGACAACGAGGCGAUAUACGAUAUCAGCGCCAACAAACUGGACGUGGAACGGCCGUCGUACGGCAACCUGAACCGGAUAAUCAGCCAGGUGGUGUCGUCCAUCACGGCAUCCCUCCGGUUCCCUGGAGCCUUGAACGUGGAUAUCAACGAGUUUCAGACCAAUCUCGUGCCGUUCCCGCGCGUUCACUUCCCGUUGAUGGCGUACGCGCCGUUCAUGUCCGCCCAGCGGACCGCGCACGAACGCCCGUCCACCUUAGACAUCACGGACGCGUGCUUCGAGCCCAGCAACCAGUUGUUCAAGCUGGACGACAGCUCCCUAGCCUCCGGCAAGUACAUAGCGUGCUGCAUGUUGUACCGCGGUGACAUUGUGUCUAAGGACAUCAACUACGCUAUAUCGCACAUCCGGGACAUAAAAAACCUACAAUUCGUAAACUGGUGCCCGACCGGGUUCAAGGUGGGCAUAAACUGCCGGCCACCUGUACGCUCCAUCUCCGAUACCGACGAACUGAUGGGCGGUGGUCGGGCCGUGUGUAUGAUAUCCAACACCACGUCCAUAGUUUCCGCGUGGACGACACUAUGCCAUAAGUUCGACUUGAUGUUCCGGAAACGGGCGUUCGUUCACUGGUACGAGAGCGAGGGCAUGGAAAAAUCCGAAUUUGUGCAGGCCCGCGAGAACAUCGAAGUGCUGCGUCGCGAUUACAUGGAACUGUCUCCUUUCGUCGACAAUUCCGCCAAAAUAGCUAACAAAAUGAUUAGCACGCCACUGGAAGUUAAGAAGGUCAUGCGCAAUAUUUAG